GCGAUCAUCAAACUCGUGAUUAUCGAGAUGCACGACUGAGUGGAGCGAGCCCGAGUUAGGGGACACCGAGAGCCAUCGGAUCAUCGAAAAAAAUGGUGGUGUCGCACCGCGAGAGCAGCAUCUCCUCCAACAUCCGGGCGAUAAUCGAGCAGCUGAAUCUGAAUCCGGUGGAGCGUCGUCGACUGAUCGAGUCGCGGGCCGAGAGUAUAGAUGGCUUGAAGCAGCAGCUGGUGGAGUCGCCAAAGUCGCGGGUGACGAUUGGCGUCUACGGGAUGAGGCAGACGACCGCGGAGCAGCAGUGCAGAUCGAGGAAGGUCGGGAGAAGAGUCGAGCCGAGGCCCAGACAGCGGCUGCCACCGAGGACCGAGCAGACGCCCUCGGCGAUAUGGCCGGAGCUCGAGGACGAUAGAGCGUUGCCACCCCCGGGGGACGCGUACACGGUCCCGAGGAGAGAUGCAGCCACGCCGACGAACAUCCCAGCCAUCGAGACACCGAGUUCGCCGUUUAAGGAAGAUUUACCUGAACUGAAGUCCGGCUGUCUGAGCCACACUGCCGCCCUUCACCGCAUCUCCGUGCGCCCGAGGAACAGACGUCCGCCCCGGCGUUCCAACUCCCAGUCCAGUGGCGCGAACAAUAGCUCGACCGGGCGGCUGCGCAUCGACAGCAUCUCCGAGAAUUCGAUCAACACCCUCGACAGUCUGGAGACGAGUACGGAUUCGGCCACGAGACCAAUCUCGAUCCUCCGCAAAUCCUCGAGCCGAAUAUCGCGCAGCUCCAUCGAGGAACCCGAGCUCAAGUCCUAUCUCAUCCGCAAGCCAGCCCUCUCGCCCGAUAGCCUUGGACCCGGCCUCGAUGGCUCCGAAGUUACCGAGGAGCUGCCCAAGCCCUCGCCCCGUGCGAGCAACGGACGCGCCCCGCCUCGGCACUCCAAGUCGCCCGACAGCCUCGACGGCGCCUGCUCCCCGGGCUGGUUGAUCAAGAGCCGCUUCGAGGAGCUCGCCGAUGGAGACGCGCUCGAGGAACGGUUCGAGGUGUUCGCCUCACGCAAGCCCGUCGCCGCCACUCGCAGACUCCUGCGCGAGCCCAUCUCCAAGUCCCAGGAGCGCGUCUGCCGCGGCAAGUCCGCCGACAGCCUCGAGGCUCUCAACAGCGACGACUCGAUGGAGCGGAGACGCGCGAGCUUCGAGUUCCGGCCCCGGCGCUCCCACGUCCACAAGCUCAUGUCCAAGUCGACCGAGUGCUUCGAGGUCGGGCUCCUGAGCCGACAGCGCCGUGGCACGCGGCCGGAAGAGCCCAGGAAGCGAACCAGUCUCUCGGAAAUGAACCUCGCCGGCUCGAGGCCAACGACGGCCAAUAAGCCCCUCUCCGAGUCCGCGGAGAGCAUCGAGCGGAUGCCGCGCACCUUGAGCCCCGGCUGCAAACUACUCGGCAAAGGGCUCCGCAGACUCGGCCGCAGGACCGCCCACUCGUCCGAGAGCUCGGACAAUCUCGACCUCGAGGACGGCUGCAGGUUGGAGGUGCGCAUGAAGCCGAGGCGCUCGGCACCGAAGAGACUCGGCGGCGAGGAUGUCGAGCGACCGCGGUUGCCGAAGAGCUCGGAGAGCUCGGAGUUGGGCAGCACCGAUACCCUCGACUCCGAGCGCAGGAACGCGAUCAAGUUAUCAGACAGCGACGAGACCCUCGACAGUCUGGAGAAGGAAAUGCACGAUCGGAGCCGAGUUACGCGGGAUGCCGCCGCGAUGACGCUCGAGUCCGAGAGGCUGGAGGACGUGGUGCACCUGGUCAACUCGUCCAAUAACCGGGAGAGCAACAAUCUCGAUAUACACAAACUGUUGGCUUACACGCUGGUCUCGCGUGUCCAGGAGAACGGCAACAAUGACGAGCGAAACGGAGAUGACAAUGGUCGAAAUGAAAAUCGAAUGCUCAAGCACGCUCGCGCCAACUCUCCGAUUCUCCUCUACCCAAAAAAGAAGCAACAACAGCAGCAGCACAAUCAACACCAACAACAAUAUCAGCAUCAACAACAAUAUAAGCAUCAACAUCAACAUCAACAUCAACAUCAACAGCAGCAGCAGCAGCAGCAGCAUUUGCUCUCCUCAAAGACAAACGAGGACCUGCAGAAUAUGCUUAACGGAAACAUAUCGGAAGUGUCGACGGACACAAAAAGCUUCAAAGAGAAGCUUAUAAUGUUCGAGAAGCUGGGAAAGUGA